GUACGGAGAACAACGUUCUGGUUUUCCGACGUCGUAUAGCUCUCUGAUACCAGAAACUGGGAGAGUGAAAUUACUCGCUACGGUUCGGAGAGAACUGACUCCUCAUCCUUUAACGUCUAGGUUUAUCUGCUGAAUUUCAACGAUCAGUGCUGAUCAGUGGCAGACAUGGAUGGGUUUGAGCUGCUGUGGAUUGGCAGGCUGAUUCUUGUUCUGCAGUUGAUUCCAGGAGUUCUAGGUUGGGGAAAGGAAGGACACUAUGUUAUCUGCAAGAUUGCCGAGGCAUAUCUUUCUGAAGAUGCUUCAGUUGCUGUGAAAGCAUUGCUUCCUGAUAGAGCUGAAGGUGACCUUGCUUCCGUUUGUUCCUGGCCUGAUGAGAUUCGGCACCAUUUCCACUGGCGUUGGAGUGGACCUCUCCACUAUGUAGACACACCUGAUUUCAGGUGUAACUAUGAGUACUGCCGGGACUGUCAUGACUAUGCUGGGCGUAAAGAUAUGUGUGUUACAGGAGCAAUUUACAACUAUACAAUGCAACUUAUGUCAGCUUAUAAUGGCUCCAACUCAGAAGUAAAAUACAAUUUGACAGAGGCACUCAUGUUCUUAUCACAUUUUGUCGGAGAUGUCCAUCAGCCUCUGCAUGUUGGUUUCAUUGGAGAUGAAGGUGGGAACACCAUCACCGUCCGUUGGUACCGGAGGAAGACUAACUUACACCAUGUAUGGGAUAAUAUGAUCAUUGAAUCUGCCAAGAAGACAUUCUAUGAUUCUGAUCUUUCAAAUAUGAUCGAAUCUAUCCAAAAGAAUAUUACGGUUGGUUGGUCUGAUGAUAUCUUACUGUGGGAAAGUUGCGCACUUGGUCAGACAGUUUGUCCAGAUCCGUAUGCUUCUGAAAGUAUUAAUUUGGCUUGCAAAUUUGCCUAUAGAAAUGCCACACCAGGAAGCACUCUGAAAGAUGACUACUUCCUCUCUCGGCUGCCUGUUGUGGAGAAGAGGCUCGCCCAGAGCGGGAUCCGGUUGGCUGCCACCCUCAAUCGUAUCUUUGCUGCCCGAUCAUCAAUUGCACAAGAAUGAAAUAAAGGGAUAGAGAAGCAACCUCAUUUCUGUGUCAUACUGAUAAGAUAAACAGAGGAUAGAGAAUUCAGAUUUGAUUGUUUAGUUGAAAUUGGAUCUCUCUAAUCGCCAUCCUGCAUAGCUUGAAAUGUCCUGCACGUCAGUCUCCUACCUACCUUCAUUAACAAUUUGUUGUCAUUAAAGUAAACUUAUAAAGAAAGGCAAGAAAUGUACUUUAUUGUAA